CGGCCAAUUAAAUUAGUCUCUCGCGAUUCUUUCGAACAAUCAACAGAAUAACCCUUCGCCAUAAUUUUCUUGGCUUAAGAAGUGUCUUUUUUCUUUUAUGUAAAGCUCUAAGGAGUCAUAAAUGUUCUCCAUCUUGAAUUCUCCUGAUUUUUCUUACAAACCAGAUGAGUGGAAGUACUGAAGUGAGAACUGAUAAAGGAGAAGAUCAUAAAGGCCAGAAGUCUCUUAAACAGAGACUUCCACAAGCGAAAUCCGGUUGCUUUGAUAGAUCUUUGGAUUGGUCACAUAUGGAUAAUAAUGUUUGGAAGGAUGAUGAAUUGGGGACGUAUAACUUGCCCCCAGUUAAUGAAAUCAAUCCAAGUCAAGAUUUUAAUUUGCAGCAAGAAAAUACAGAUCUAGGGCCUCUUCAAGAUCUUAAUCCGCAGCAAGAAACAACAGAACCAGAAUUGUUGCCUCCUCACGUUGAAACCAACCAUGGACACCAGUUAAAUCAAGCAGCAGAGCCAUCUCCCGAGCCGAGCAGAGGAGGUCGUAGAGCCAAACUAAGCGAGUUACAGAGGAAGCUAAACAAAAAGAUGAGUGAUCAAAAACAUCGUCAGAAACUGAAGAUGUCGAACUUGAUAAAAGAAAAAGAGAAUAUAGAGAAGGAAGCAAGGGAAAUGAAGUCAGAGAAGGAACAAAUAAAGUUAGAGUAUGAACUCCAGAAAAAAUAUAUCCAACACUUGGAAGAGUUAACCAAAGCUCUAAAAUCCCAGAAAGAUGCAUGGAUGACAGAUGUGGAGGUACAAAGUGAUGAAAUGAUCAAAGGUAAUGUCAAAUAUUCCUUUUUCUUGCUGAUAUCUUCUGUGUCCUUACUUAGUUCACAGGAAUUCUUAGAAUGCCAACCAUGCAAUGCAACUGUGCCUGCAGCUGCAGCUGAAUUUUAUAGGAAACUAGAUGAAAACGAAGGUAUCAGUCUUGAUUUCAAGGACUUCACAGACUUGCAUGAGAAGCAGGGGUACAGAGCAGUUGGGAGGUACCAAAUCCCAUUGUCUUUAGUACCUACUGCUGAAAAAAUCACUGAGGUUUAUGGUGAUGUUUGUGCAACAAGCACAAUUAGCCGAAACUUUGCUGAAAAUAUCUAUACUCUGUUCUGUGCAACGAUCAAAGAAAUGGAUGUACUACCGCUAGAGGAAGUCACAGAGGCAACCAUGUUGAAGUGGAGAACUGCAAUAAAGGAUGCUUUAUGUAUCAAGUUUAAAGUGGAAUUUGCCAUGGAGCAUCUGAAGAAAACUAUAGUUGGUCGAUACUUUGGUAUGAAACCAUACAAAGAAGCUGAGAAAAUAGAUGAUGAAAUCUCAAAAGCAGAGGCUAGACUGAAUGGGUUAAAGGAGUGCAAGAAGUUCAGAGACAUUGCAAAAGAGUUUAAUGGUAAGCCACUUAAUGAAGGUCUAUGGGGUUAUUCUGUCUUUGAAAAGGUGUAAUGUGCUUUCUAUUUCAACUUUCAUCACUCUUCUUGCACAAGUGACGCUGUUGUAUCUGUUUCUUCUUUUGUAUUUCCAUUUGUAUCUGGGAGUUUUUUUUGUAUUUCUUGCAUGAUCGUCAAUGUAGAGCAACACCUCGUUCUUGUAUUUUGGAGUUUCACUUUGUAUACCUUGGGUGAUUGUCUUACAUAGACCAAUAGUUCUUUACUCCAUUAAUAAAACUAAAAGACAAUG